AAACAUCUGUUCCUCCCUGAAGAGACGCAGGCUGAAAACCAGACGAUCACAUUCACCUUCCAAACCAAACUAAACCAAACUAGACCAGACGUCCUGAGUGAGUCCAGCUACAGGAGAGAAGAGUCAAACUACAACCUGCCGACGCUCCACACACUGACCCUUCACCUGGAGACUCAAUGGCUUCCAGAUUAGAAGAGGAUCUCUGCUGUCCCGUCUGCCAAGAUGUCUUCAGAGAUCCUGUCAUUCUGUCAUGUAGCCACAGCUUCUGUAAAGACUGUGUGAAGAGCUGGUGGAAAGACAAAGAAGUAAAAGAGUGUCCACUUUGUAAGAGAAGACAUUCAAAGGAUGAACCACCUGUUAGCCUGGUGUUAAAGAACCUGUGUGAGACCUUCUUACAGGAGAGAGAUCAGAGCUCUUCACCUGCUCUCUGCAGUCUGCACUCAGAGAAACUCAGACUCUUCUGUCUGGACCAUCAGCAGCCAGUGUGUCUCGUCUGCAGAGAUUCAGAAAAACACACAGACCACAGAUUCAGACCCAUCGAUGAAGCUGCACAACAACACAAGAAGCAGCUUCAGGAAACUCUGGAGCCCUUGAAGAAGAAGUUACAGAGUUUUGAACGUGUUAAAGUAGAGUUUGAACAAACAGCAAAACACAUUAAGGUCCAGGCCGGACUCACAGAGACGCAGAUCAAGGAGCAGUUUAAAAAGCUUCAUCAGUUUCUGGAGGAGGAAGAGGAGGCCAGGAUGGCUGCACUGAGGGAGGAAGAGGAGCAGAAGAGUCGGAUGAUGAAGGAGAAGAUCGAGGCUCUGAGCAGAGACAUAACGUCUCUUUCAGACACAAUCAGAACCACAGAGGACAAGCUGAGAGCUGAAGACGUCUCGUUCCUGCUCAACUACAAGGCUGCAGUGGAACGAGUCCAGCAGCGCCCUCUGCUGGAUGAUCCACAGCUGGCCUCAGGAGCUCUGAUAGACAAGGCCAAACAUCUGGGCAACCUGAGCUUCAACAUCUGGAACAAGAUGAAGGACCUGGUCUCCUACAGUCCUGUGGUUCUGGACCCAAACUGUGCUCAUCCAGAACUCGUCCUGUCUGAAGAUCUGACCAGUUUGAGACGAGGAGAGGAACAGAAGCUUCCUGACAAUCCAGAGAGGUUUGAUACUUACACCACAGUCCUGGGAUCUGAGGGUUUUAACUCAGGGACUCACAGCUGGGACGUCCUGGUUGGAGACAGUACAAAGUGGUCACUUGGUGUAAAAGAAGAGUCUGCCCAGAGGAAGGGAAGCCAAGAGGCCGGAUUAUGGGAAAUAUUUUUCCGUGAAGGUAAAUACUCAGCAGAGUCACCAUCAGAUUCAUCUGUUCUCUCUGUGCAGAAGAUCCAGAGGAUCAGAGUGAAACUGGACUGGAACAGAGGAGAACUGUCGUUGUCUGAUCCUGAUACUAACAAACACAUUCACACCUUCAAACACACUUUCACUCAGAAGAUGUUUCCAAUCUUUUACACUAAAGAUCAUGAUCACCCAUUGAAUCUGUUACCUGUGAAAGUCUCUGUGACGCUGGAUAGCAAACUAAGCAUCCGCUUGAUAGGUGAGAUGGGAGUGGCUCCUUCCUCCACUGAUUACAGCUUGUCCAACCAGCAGAGAGGGGGGCGUGUCUACAGGAGGAGGUGCAGCCCCCUGAGCAGUCGUUGUGUUGCUAUUAGAGCAAACUGGUUAAAGUACACUGCUUCACCUGGAGACUCGAUGGCUUCCAGAUUUGAAGAGGAUCUCUGCUGUCCCAUCUGCCAUGAUGUCUUCAGAGAUCCUGUCAUUCUGUCAUGUAGCCACAGCUUCUGUAAAGACUGUGUGAAGAGCUGGUGGAAAGACAAAGAAGUAAAAGAGUGUCCACUUUGUAAGAGAAGAUCUUCAAGGUCAGAACCACCUGUUAGCCUGGCGUUAAAGAACCUGUGUGAGACCUUCUUACAGGAGAGAGAUCAGAGCUCUUCACCUGCUCUCUGCAGUCUGCACUCAAAGAAACUCAGACUCUUCUGUCUGGACCAUCAGCAGCCAGUGUGUGUCAUCUGCAGAGAUUCAGAAAAACACACCGACCACAGAUUCAGACCCAUCGAUGAAGCUGCUCAACAACACAAGAAGCAGCUUCAGGAAACUCUGGAGCCCUUGAAGAAGAAGUUACAGUGUUUUGAACGUGUUAAAGUAGAGUUUGAACAAACAGCAAAACACAUUAAGGUCCAGGCCGGACUCACAGAGACGCAGAUCAAGGAGCAGUUUAAAAAGCUUCAUCAGUUUCUGGAGGAGGAAGAGGAGGCCAGGAUGGCUGCACUGAGGGAGGAAGAGGAGCAGAAGAGUCGGAUGAUGAAGGAGAAGAUUGAGUCUCUGAGCAGAGACAUAACAUCUCUUUCAGACACAAUCAGAACCACAGAGGAUGAGCUGAGAGCUGAAGGCGUCUCAUUCCUGCUCAACUACAAGGCUGCAGUGGAACGAGUCCAGCAGCGCCCCCUGCUGGAUGAUCCACAGCUGGCCUCAGGAGCUCUGAUCGACGAGGCCAAACAUCUGGGCAACCUGAGGUUCAACAUCUGGAACAAGAUGAAGGACGUGGUCUCCUACAAUCCUGUGGUUCUGGAUCCAAACUCUGCUCAUCCAGUACUCGUCCUGUCUGAAGAUCUGACCAGUUUGAGACGAGGAGAGAAACAGAAGUUUCCUGACAAUCCAGAGAGGUUUGAUUAUUACGACUCAGUCCUGGGAUCUGAGGGUUUUAACUCAGGGACUCACAGCUGGGACGUCCUGGUUGGAGACAGUACUUACUGGUCACUGGGUGUGUCAGCAGAGCCUGUCCAGAGGAAGGGAAAAGAUCUGUCUGGAUUAUGGGGAAUAGUGUUCUUUGCAGGUAAAUACUCAGCCGUGUCACCAUCAGCAUCAUCUUAUCUCUCUGUGAAGAAGAUCCAGAGGAUCAGAGUGAAACUUGACUGGAACAGAGGAGAACUGUCGUUUUCUGAUCUUGAUACUAACAAACACAUUCACACCUUAAAAAACACUUUCACUCAGAAGAUGUUUCCAAUCUUUUACUUUAAAGGUCCAUUGAAGCUGUUACCUGUGAAAGUCUCUGUGAUGCUGGAUCAGAGCAGUUAGAGAUAAAGAUUUUAUUCGUGUUUAUUUAUUCAAGAGAAAUCUGCUGAAUUUAAUUCUUAAACUCGUUAUUUUAAAGCUUUGUUUAUUUCUCUUUCUACUUCUCAAUCAUUUUUAUUUCUCCUGUCGACUUUUCCACGUGUGUAAAAAUAUUUCAAUAUUUUCUGAUCUUUAUCUUUGGUUUGUUUUUUACUUUCAUGGAAAAUGUUUUCUAAAUUUUAGAUUUUGUGUGGAUCCAUGAAGUUGAGCAAACUGAUGAAGAUCCACAUAAAAACACAUUUAUCAAUAACAGCUGAUCAUUGUUCACAUUCAACAAACUUUAUUAGAACUCACACAUGAGACAUGAUUCAUGUUUAAUCACAUAAAGUCUGUUCACAUAUGAAAUAAUCCAACAUAUAUGAACAUUUGUCUGUUUGAUGUGAUGAAGCCAAAAUGAUUCUGUCUGUAAAAGUG